GAGCGUUCACUCCUUCUAGAGGAGCGCACAGCUGUGGGAGGAAGCCAGUGGUGCGAAGGAAAGGUUUUUAAAAACCAGUCAGCGGUUUAUUGCACUUUUAAAUGACUUCCUUUCUUUAUUGGCAAUACUAGCAAACAAUUUUAAGACAGUUUCAGGGCUAUUUUAGGGAUAAAUUGGCUUCAAGGGGGUGAGAGGAGCGGGUGGUGUGAGUCCCUAUAAUGCAGACACGUCAAGUCUCAGUAGUUUGUGGUAUGAACGCAGAGCAGACGGACCCCGAGAAACUGCUUUCAUGGAUUGACUAAGUGAUUGAUUGUUUGAUUGCAUUUGAUUUUUCUUUUCUUUUUUAAUAUAUUUUUUUCUUUCAUCUCAGAGGAUUUUUUCCGUGUCGUUAGUGAAGUAGUCCAAGAAAUUGUGGAUUAUUGUCUCAUUGGUCGUCGAAGAUUUUUCUUUUAGGGCACGCGUGUUUAUUUUGGGAGUUGAAUGAGGAUAUUGGUUUACCACAGUUAGCCUAUGCCUGGGUCAAGCAUCCAGAGAAGGGAAUUAACCUUUCAAGAGGUGAAGAUAAAAGUGCGAUUGGACUCCCAGUCAUCCCUCCUGACUCCAAAAUGAAGCCUGACACUGUGUGGAUGUGCGUUUGCAUCUUUCUACUGCUCUUAGAUGAGGAAACAAGCUCCUGGAAUAGUUCUCCAGCUUUGACAGUGUCCUUCAGCAAUGGAGUUCCAGGAUCUUCAAACCUGAGGUCUGCACGUGAUGCUGAGCCAGAGUGGAUGGACUGCAUCCAGGCGAGUGACAAGUGUAACCAGGACAGUAACUGCAGCCCUCAGUACCGGGUGAUGCGCCAGUGUCUUGUGGGCAAGGAGAAGGAAGCCAUGCUGGAUAACAACAAGGAAUGCCAGGCUGCCUUGGAAGUGCUGAUGUUAAGCCCGCUGUAUCGCUGCCGCUGCAGGAGGGGCAUGAAGAAGGAGGUGCUGUGUCUGCAGAACUACUGGACCAUCCACAUGGGACUCAAUGAAGGUAGAGACAUGGAGAAUUCCUCACCGUAUGAACCUGUAGCCCCCAACAGACACCCUGAUGUAUUCCGCUUGGCUGCCAUCUCUUCAGGGAUGCAUACGGCCCCAAAAAGCUUCCAAUGCCCUGAAGCUGAAAAAAACUGCAACCCUUGCAUUGAUGCAGCCAAAGCUUGCAACCUCAAUGGCGUCUGCAAGAAGCACCGCACCAACUACAUAGCUACUUGUGACAAGAGAGACGUCAGGGGAGACACCUGCAACAAGAAGCGAUGCCACAAGAUACUGAGGACGUUCCUGGACCGUGUGCCUACAGAGUUCAGCCACGGGCUGCUUUUCUGCCCUUGUCAGACUGAGGCCUGCGCUGAGAGACGCAGGCAAACAAUAGUGCCAGAUUGCUCUUAUAAGGAUAAAGAGAAACCCAACUGUAUGGAGCUACGAAGGAUCUGUCUCCAGGACACGCUCUGCAGGUCUAGGUUGGCUGAUUACAUAGACAACUGCUGGAUGCCACCACACACCAUGAGCACCUGUCCCAAUCAAGACAAUCACCAAGCCUGCUUGGCUUCUUAUGCAAGGCUCAUCGGGACAGAAAUGACUCCCAACUAUGUUGACAGCAGUUUCUCCAAUUGGACCAUCUCCCCGUGGUGUACCUGCAAGGGCAGUGGAAACCAAGAAGGGGAAUGUAUGAACUUCCAGCAGUACUUCACCAAUAACACAUGCCUAAGAAAUGCCAUUCAGGCCUUUGGUUAUGAGAUGUACAGCACACAGAACAAAACUGUGACUGUCCCAAGCACUUCAGCGACAGCCAAACUGGAGCCCUCUUUCGAAAUCACAAAGUAUUCUCCACCACCUAUAGGUGCCCUGGACUUGGGAGAGGAUCAUUCUCCUUGUCUCUGUGCCAGCGUCUGGGUGCUGCUUCCCAGUCUGGCUUUGGCUCUGAUCCUGGCCCAGCAUGCCUUGUAGAAGUGCCAGGCGGAGGGAAAAAAAGAGGUCAUCCACCCACAAGCUGAUCCCAAAUGCAGAAGGUGUAAUUUCUGAGACUGAUAUUAAGAAGGCUGAAUCUCUGGUGACAGUUGACAUAAAUGGUAUUUAUAAAAGCGGACAACAAAAGAAGAAGAGAAGUGGAAAUUAUUAAAAUUUUACAACUGUAAGUUUGCUGUUCAUUUGAUGAAUUGUCCAGGCUGACCUCAACUGUGAUGGAGCACACGGCUUUACAAAGGACCUUUGGUCGAAAAGACCAGAGGGCCAUUCUCGGUAAGCAAACUCUCGCUCUGACUAAGACAUAAAAACCUGAAAGACCGAAGAUGCUGCAAAGACUUCUGAACUUUCCCCACUAAAGGAGCGAGAGAAGAAAUGAACAACAUUAUUGAAAGAAGACAGAGUUGACAGAAAAGAAAUUGUUGCAGAGAGAGUUGGAAGGAGCAUGAGGUAAAUAUUAAAUAGAAGAAUAAAAGAGACAUUUUUUUUGUUGUUGUUUUUUGACAUGACUUAAUCUUCUCUUUGAUGAACAGAUCAAACAUUUAGGGACCUAAAAGAGGGAUGAUUGCAUUCUGUCUCUUUAAGCUAGUGUAAACUCUAAAUUGUAAAGUGUACUCAGUGUUCUAAGUGUUGGUAUAGUAUCUGUGACCAUAAUCAAUCGACAGUACAGAUUUUUAAUUUGGGUGCUGCAGUAUACUUUCUAAGCAGGUAUUGAAAAGAACUAAAGCUGACAGUUAAUGGUCCUAUGGUCAAUAAAGAUGUUGUUGUUAACUGUGGGUGUUCGUAUGUCCACCUGCAUAUGUGUAUAUUUCUGUCUAUGUAUAUAAAUUACAUUUUUCUUUCAUUCAGCAUACUGAUAUCUAAUACCUGAAAGGACAUUAUUGUAUGUUAAGAUUGCUCUGUGUUGCUACCAAUGGAAGGCCUUCAUUAUCUGCAUUUAUAUUUGUCUAUUAAGGUUUAAUCACAAAGAAUGUAUUAAGCGAUGGGAUUAAAUGAGCUCAAAUUUUGAAAGCCAUAUUCUGUGUGUGAACAUCAUAUUGUGUUGGGUGUCCUCAUUUACUUCAGCGUAUGUACUGUGUGUUUACAUGCAAAAGAAGCAUUUGAGCAUUUUUUCCUUCCUCAUGGUUGAGUUUGUGAUGCAUAUUACAAACAAUGCAAUUCACUUCACACAUGCAAAUACUUUUUAACCCUGCUAUUCUGCAUUUUAAUGAUCCCAUAUUAGUUAAAUUGCAUUUUAUUUUGGAAUUAACAUACAUAACCAUAUGUAACUGCUAUCAUGAAUCUGGUGCUGUUUUCACCUUUGUCUGUCUUGGAGAUGCAGCCAUAGCAGAAAAAGUUGUCAUCUUGAGACAGAUUUUGUCCAUUAAAAUACCCCCAAAACCUAUUAAAGAUAGUACUGAAAAACCUUUAUUGGGUAUUUUGUUUACAGGAAAUUCAAGUUUGACUUAAAAAAAAAAAGUGUUAAAAAAAUGUCUAAUGUAUGCAUUUCCACAGUCUGUGAAUCUACUGGGCUAGUGUCUAGUGUAAUACCAUUCUUGUUAAGACAGACAAAAAGAAAGUCACCUUAUCCUUUAAAUUGUUUCCUUGUUGACUGGACAUUGUUCCACAUGGGUAAGUUUGUUGCAGUUGAAAGCCUCCAGCAGUUAGAUACCAGUUUCAAAUACAAGGAGUUCUUGUUGUCUAUUGAAAGGACUUCAGUGUAAUUCUGUAUAACAGAUGUGAUUCAUAAUUCAACCAUACUGCAUUCAUCUGCAAAACAUUACACAGCACAUUUGUACACCUUAUAUGGCAGAGUGAGUAAUAUUCUACCAUACAAUUAGAAAAGCACUAAAAUAAUACUCUGGGAAUAUUAAUGUGCCCAUGAUAUAUGAGAUGCUUUUCUGUUCAAAUAUAUACAAUCUGGGAUUUCCUGACAAAAUGCUGACACACUUUCUUUGGCAUGUUUGCAGAUGACAGAUUCAUUUUUUGUUUUGUGUUUACACUUACAGUAUUUUUCCCUUGAGUGUCUGAAUGUUAACUGUCCUCACAACCAUUUAUUUCACAGAAAUGUUUAUGUCCUCAGGCAGAGCAUCAAAUGCAGUGCUGUGCCACAUAAACACAUGUUACAGAAUCAAAUGGUCUCAUAUUACCAGCUGAUUUAGAAAAGGUUUCUAAACUGUCUGUCAUGGAUCACAGAUGUAAAAUUAAACCUAGCUCAUUGUGUUA